AUGAGUCUGCAGAUUUUAAAUGCAGAAAAUGGAGAAAACUGUGAAAACAUCAAUGAUGAUCUAACAGCGGAAGACUCUGGCUUUUGCUUUGCACCACCGGAACCUACAGGGAGGCAGUCCAUCCUGCGCCUCUCGCAGAAAGAAAACUUGCCACUAAAAAGUGUGGCAAAAGCGAUGAAGGUGACCUUCCAAACUCCUCUAAGAGAUCCUCAGACUCGAAAAAUCUUAAGUCCUGCCAUGGCAGACAAGCUUGAGGCUACUUUUACACUGGAUGAUUGCAGGGAUGCCCCAGAGGAUGAUCUUUUAUCUGCCCCUGACAAUGUUGACACAAGUCCUCAAAAAACUGAAGCUGGUAAUAGAGAGUCAAAUAUACAAAUGCCAGAGAAGGUCAGCGCUGCUUCUUACCCUGAUGAUGAGAUGCCAGUGAAGAGCCGAGGUUCCUACAAUAUUGACUUUGAUAACUUGGAUGACAUCAAUCCCUUUCAGAGUUCAAUGCAGCUGCAGAAUUCUCCUGGAAAUCUACAAAAGCCUCCUGUAUCUAGCAGUCCUGGGAGAGUUCCUGAAAAAUAUAGGAAUUCUCUUCCACUGGAUGAUACAGUUUCUUUCCCUUCAAAUACAGCAGGUACGGAGAGCUCCAGUGCAGAAGAAAACAAACUUUUAUCUGGAAAAUCUGUUUUGACAGAGUUAGAGGAGCCUAACAAACACAGGCUGGCUCCUAAGCAAACAGUCAGUUACUCUGUGCAGGAUGUGAAAUCUUAUUCCAGUGUAGUAAGCCACAAUGAUAACUCUGUGGGAUCAACAGAAGCACCUAAACAUUCUGUACAACUAUCUGGCAAAUCGGAUCCUAGUAGUUCUGAUGUAAUUGAUUCUUCUAAAACCGGGGAAAUGAAGCUUCAGAAUGUUUCUGUAGCAGAAAAAGCUUCCACAGAAGAGUCAAAACCUGCAGAGCAGCCUGUUGUCUCUAAGGAGGAAUCUGCAGAAAAACCUGAUAUUGCCAAAGCUGGACCAGUAAAACUGGAAUUUGACUUUGAUAACACCACUGCUAGAAAACCACCUCCUAAGAAACUGGGUAAAAGACCUGGAAUUAAGCCACCUUCCAAAAAGAUUCCUAGUGUCAAAGCAAAAACAGAGAAUACUGAAGUGAAAAAUAUAAGUAAUAUGGAAGAAGACAUUCCUGUUCCCAAAGCAUCUUAUAAGUUUGACUGGGACAAAUUUGAUGAUCCGAACUUUAAUCCGUUUGGAGGAGGCUCAAAAAUUUCCAGCUCGCCCAAGUGUCCUAAACCUACCACUCAAUCUCAUCUGCAAGAGGAGCAAGGUGGUACCUCCUUAAGGAGGGAAUCUCUUCCAGUGGAGCAGGAUAACAUACCAAGUACCUGUGAAGUUCUUGAGGAAAAAGAUCCUGGAAGUCUGGAAAUUGGUAAACAGAGUGUGGAAGAGGACAAGCCAGCAAUUCAAGAAGACACGCUGGGAGCUCAAACAGAAGCUGAGCUUCCAGGACAGCUAGCCACGGAGAAGCAAAUGAGUCCUUUUAAAUUGUCUCCAGCUAAGGAACCAUCUCAAGAUAGACUAGCUUCCACUGACAGUGGAAAAAGCUCAGCGCUUACAGAAGAAAUUAAACUUAGUUCCCACAGAACUGAGACAAGAGCAGAUGACCAGACAGCUAGCACUGAACCUGAAGAGCAGUUCAGACCAUCAGCAGAAGUUCUAGGAAUGGGUAUAGACUAUCUGGAACAGUUUGGAACUUCAUCAUUCAAGGAAUCUGCUUUGAGGAAACAGUCACUAUAUUUGAAGUUUGACCCUCUGUUGAGAGACAGUCCCAGGAAACAGACUUUUGGUACUAAUGAAACAAAUAUGAGUGUUAUAACUCCUCCACUUCAGUGUGGUCCUGUUGUUGAUUUAAGCAGACUGCUUGAAGAAGCUGAAAAGCCUGGAGUGAGUCUUCAAAAUGAAGAAAAGCCAAAAGGACUAGAUCUUCUGGGAACAUUUACAACUUCUGAUACAGGUCCCCUAAUUCCAGACUCUGUGACUGGUGAUGUUUCACCAUUGGCUUUUGCUACUUCCACAAACACUGCGGUGGAUGCUAUUAUAGAUGUGCUACAGUAUAGUCAAAAAGACAUGGAUGCAGCUGUUGAACUAGUUAAAAAAGAGGUUCAAGAGAAGGAGUUGGAGACUCUAGAGUGGCGAAAGAAGUAUGACAAGCUUCACAUGGAAUACAAGGAAAUGGGGAAAAUAGUUGCUGAGUUUGAGGGUACAAUAACACAGAUGAUGGAGGAUGCUUACAAGCAGAAGGAACUUUCAAAGAAAGAAAUGCAGAGAGUGGCGGAAGAGAAGCAACAAGUUAUUUCAGAUCUGAACUCUAUGGAGAAAUCUUUUUCUGAACUGUUCAAACGAUUCGAAAAGCAGAAAGAAGUGCUGGAAGGUUAUCGCAAGAAUGAAGAGGCUCUGAAAAAGUGUGUUGAAGACUACCUGGCCAGAAUCAAGAAGGAAGAGCAGAGAUACCAGGCACUAAAGGCACACGCUGAAGAAAAGCUGCAUCAAGCAAACGAAGAAAUUGCCCAGGUCCGGAGCAGAGCCAAGGCAGAGACUACGGCGUUACAAGCCAGUCUCCGCAAAGAACAAAUGAGGAUCCAAUCCUUAGAGAGGACUCUAGAGCAAAAGACUAAAGAAAAUGACGAGCUAACAAAAAUCUGUGAUGACUUGAUUUUGAAGAUGGAAAAAAUCUAAUAGCUGAACUGUCUUGUAUAUAUGUCUAGUCUCUCUGAAUUCUUGUCCUGUGUUCACUCACUUUUUAAUUAUGAAUAUGGAAAAAAUAAAAUUCUUAAUUUGCA